AUGACCAACGACGAGCUCGGCCUCGAGCGCAAGCCUACGCCCUCCCAGCUCGCUCCCCAGAUCCCCCUGCCGUCGUUCCACGGCGCAAGGAUCAUAGUGGGCAAGAACGGCGAGCGCGGCCCUAGGCGCUGGCACCUCGCUUCGUCGCCGUCGCCGCCGCCUUCCUCGGACAUGGCGGCGACGUACGCGCCGGGGCUGCACAUGCUCUCAACCCAGCACCACACCAAGCAAGCACCUGUGGCGAAGCGUCUCCGCGCCGAGCCUCCCCGGCCCAACGCGCACAAGCGCCCCGCCGACUCGGACGAGCUCACCACGCCGCCCGAGCGCCGCGUGUGGCCGCUCACGCAGCACGCUAUUGCGCGUCACAACGCCGAGGCGACCAAGGAAGCCGAGCCAGUGAGCGCGCCGCCGCAGGCUACGCCUGCCUGGGUCAUCAAGCCCAGCAAGACCGGCCUGGGGAUGUACGCCACCGCGACGCUCUACGCGACCGACACCAUCCUCUCCGAGGACCCGCUGCUCAUGACGCGCCGCGGCGCGACGCCAGGCGACGUGCGCGCGCAGCUCCGCUUCGCGCCGUCGGAGAACUGGCUCGAGCUGCUCAACCUGUGCGUCGGGGCCGGCGACGGCGAGCCGCGCGCGGCGAUCGAGUGCCUGCUCGACACGAACGGCAUCCCGUGCGCGAGCGAGGACGGCGAUAACCCCCCCUACGGCAUCUUCAAGGCUGCGUCGCGCAUCAACCACUCGUGUACGCCGAACGCGGGGUGGUACUGGUGCAGCGUGAAGAAGACUUUACUCGUCGUCGCGUACCGCAAGAUCAGGAAGGGCGAGGAGAUCACCGCGAGCUACCUCCCGCCCGAGGCGCUCUGUGCCUCGCGCGCGGAGCGGCGCGAGCGUAUCCAGCUGGGCUUCGGCUUCGAGUGCGCGUGCGCUGCGUGCGGCGUCACGUCGUCCAAGGACUCGGACCUGCAGCGUGCCGUCAUCGCCCGUGUGCUAGCCGCGGGGAAGUACAUGGACCCGUGGGUGUCGGGGCACUUGACCUCGGUGAGCCACGCAAAGGCCGCCAUCGCGGCCAUGCGUGCCGAGGCGCUGUGGCCCGUCGCCGCCGAGCUGCGCAUGCUCGAGUACUACGUGCACGCUGCGUGGCGCGAGGACGCGCACGCCGAGGAGGCGGCGAAGAAUGCGCUUGCCGCGCUCGCGGCCGUGCGCGGCUGGCGCGCCGCGAGAAAGCACUUUGUCGCGCAGUUCGUCAAGGACGUGACGUGCUGGGCUAGCUACGGGGUGUGCAAGUCCGCGCCGAAGUGA